UACGAUUACGGGGUGCCUGUGUCGACUCGGAAGCAUUACUGUCUACAUUUCUGUCAAUAGAAACUAGAUUUGUUCCCCGAGGGAACACAAACACACACCGUUAACACGUGUGACACAUACACAACUUCUUUGAGCCGUUAGUGUGCUCGGUCCAGAGUGACGUCACUUCCGGGAUGUUGUCAGUCAGUCAAAAUUCUCCUCCGUCGAGCGCAGUCGGCGUGUGUUUGUGUCCGCGUUCGCGCUCCGCCGCAUUGGGUUCGAGUUUCAGACUGUGCCGGGCUCUUCGCGUUGGCUCACUCGCCCUGUAAUGCGGAGAGAAGCGGUUGUGUUGAUGCCGUGUCGGAGGUAGCUCCCCGCGCUAGCUCGAGUCAGGAUGAUCCGCUGGAUCCGACAGCAGCUGGGCUUCGACCCUCCCCAUCAGAGUGACACACGCACAGUUUACAUAGCAAACAAGUUCCCACAGCACGGCCAUUAUAUUCCUCAGAGGUUUGCCGACAACAGGAUCAUUUCCUCCAAGUACACCAUAUGGAACUUCAUCCCCAAGAAUUUGUUUGAGCAGUUCAGAAGAAUCGCCAAUUUUUAUUUUCUCAUUAUCUUCUUGGUUCAGUUAAUGAUAGACACCCCCACUUCCCCUAUAACUAGUGGACUUCCCCUGUUUUUCGUCAUCACAGUAACUGCCAUCAAACAGGGAUAUGAAGACUGGCUGCGGCACAAAGCUGACAAUGAAGUGAACGGAGCACCUGUGUUUGUGGUGCGCAGCGGCAGUCUGGUCCAAACCCGAUCCAAGAACAUCAGAGUGGGUGAUAUAGUGAGAGUAGCCAAAGAUGAGACGUUUCCUGCCGAUCUGGUGCUGUUAUCAUCCGAUCGGGCCGAGGGAACGUGCCACAUCACCACUGCCAGCCUGGACGGAGAGACUAACCUGAAGACGCACUAUGCGAUGCCAGAAACGGCCGUAUCACAGUCGGUGUCGCGGCUGGAGUCUCUGCAGGCCGUGGUGGAGUGCCAGCAGCCCGAGGCAGACUUAUACAGGUUUGUGGGAAGAAUAACAGUAACCCAACAAGGAGAGGAGAUAGUCAGACCCUUAGGACCAGAGAACCUCCUGCUUCGAGGAGCAAGAUUAAAAAACACCAAAGAAAUAUUUGGUGUGGCGGUUUAUACGGGCAUGGAGUCCAAGAUGGCUCUGAACUACAAGUGCAAAUCCCAGAAACGCUCUGCAGUAGAGAAAUCCAUGAACACGUUUCUCAUCAUCUACUUGGGCAUUCUGCUGUUCGAAGCCAUCCUCAGCACCAUUUUGAAGUACGCCUGGCAGGCAGAGAACAAGUGGGACGAGCCGUUUUACAAUCAGAAGACCGAUCAGGAGAGAAACAGCAGUCAGAUUCUGAAGUUCAUUUCGGACUUCCUGGCUUUCCUGGUGUUGUACAACUUCAUAAUCCCCAUCUCGCUGUACGUGACCGUUGAGAUGCAGAAGUUUCUGGGCUCUUUUUUCAUUGGCUGGGACUUGGACCUGUACCAUGAAGAGAGCGACCAGAAGGCUCAGGUCAACACAUCAGACCUCAACGAGGAGUUGGGACAGGUGGAGUACGUUUUCACAGACAAAACGGGAACCCUCACUGAGAACGAGAUGCAGUUUAGGGAGUGUUCUAUCAAUGGAAUCAAAUACCAGGAGAUCAACGGGAAGCUCGUCCCUGAAGGAAUGACAGAAGACUCUCCAGAUGGAUCGGUGCCUUGUGUGAGCAGGGAGGAGGAGUUGUUCCUGAAAGCCGUCUCACUGUGUCACACGGUUCAGAUCAGUUAUGAUCAAACGGAUGGGCCAGGAGACCCCUUCUCUCGUGCCAACGGCUUCUCUCCUCAGAUGGAGUAUUACGCCUCGUCUCCUGAUGAGAAAGCUCUAGUGGAAGCUACCAAGAGGAUGGGCGUCACAUUUAUAGGAAGCCAUGGAGAAACCAUGGAGAUUAAAACAUUUGGAAAAGCAGAGAAAUACAAACUCCUCCACGUUCUGGAGUUUGACGCUAACCGCAGAAGAAUGAGUGUGAUUCUCCAGAAGCCCUCAGGUGAAAAGGUGCUAUUCACAAAAGGAGCCGAAUCAGCCAUUCUUCCCUACGCCACGAGUGGGGAAAUCGAUAAAACCAGAGUCCACGUGGAUGAGUUUGCUCUGAAGGGUUUGCGGACAUUAGUGGUGGCCUGCAGACACUUCAGUGCAGAUGAGUAUCAGGAAGUGGACCGACGGCUCCAUGAAGCCAGAACGGCUCUGCAGCAGAGAGAGGAACGACUGGUCGAGGUCUUCAACUUCAUCGAGAAAGACCUGGAACUGCUGGGAGCAACUGGGGUGGAGGACAAGCUGCAGGACAAAGUCCAGGAGACGAUUGAAGCGCUGCGACUGGCUGGAAUCAAGGUGUGGGUGUUGACCGGUGACAAGCAUGAGACGGCAGUCAGCGUGAGCCUCUCCUGCGGUCACUUCCACCGCACCAUGAACGUCCUGGAGCUCGUGCAGCAGAAAUCUGACCACGAGUGCGCCGAGCAGCUCCGCAGACUAGCCCGAAGGAUCAAGGAGGAUCAUGUGAUCCAGCACGGGCUGGUGGUGGACGGGGCCAGUCUGUCUCUGGCUCUGCGGGAGCAUGAGAAACUCUUCAUGGAGGUGUGUAAGAACUGCUCGGCGGUUCUCUGCUGCAGAAUGGCACCUCUCCAAAAGGCCAAGGUGGUGAGACUGUUGAAGACUUCUCCUGAGAAGCCGAUUACAUUAGCCAUCGGAGACGGAGCCAACGACGUCAGUAUGAUCCAGGAGGCUCACGUUGGGAUUGGAAUCAUGGGCAAAGAAGGAAGACAAGCCGUGAGGAACAGCGACUAUGCAAUCGCGAGGUUCAAGUUCCUCGCCAAACUGCUGCUUGUGCACGGCCAUUUCUACUACAUUAGAAUAGCAACCCUAGUGCAAUACUUUUUCUACAAGAAUGUGUGCUUUAUCACUCCCCAGUUUUUAUACCAGUUCUUCUGUUUGUUCUCACAGCAAACUCUUUAUGACAGCGUGUAUCUGACGCUGUAUAAUAUCUGCUUCACCUCUCUGCCCAUACUGGUAUACAGUCUGUUUGAGCAGCUGGUGCAUCCCCAUGUUCUGCAGAGCAAACCAGCACUUUACAGAGACAUCAGUAAAAACUCCCUGUUGUCCUUCAAAACCUUUUUGUACUGGACCUUCCUGGGCUUUUGCCACGCCUUCGUCUUCUUCUUCGGCUCCUACGUCCUGAUGGGAGAAGACACCACGCUGAUGGGAAAUGGACAGAUGUUUGGAAACUGGACAUUUGGCACUUUAGUAUUCACUGUGAUGGUUAUUACGGUUACGUUGAAGCUGGCCUUAGAAACACAUUUCUGGACGUGGAUGAAUCACUUUGUCACAUGGGGCUCCAUCGCCUUCUACUUCAUCUUCUCCUUGUUUUAUGGCAGCAUCAUCUGGCCAUUUCUUCACACGCAGGACAUGUACUUCGUCUUCGUUCAGCUGCUGUCCAGCGGCUCGGCCUGGUUUGCCAUCAUCAUCAUCGUUGUGGCCUGCCUGUUUCCAGAUGUCAUCAAGAAAGUCUUCUACAGGCACCUGCAGCCGACCAGCACGCAGAAAUCUCAGUUUAUUGAGGCCUACCAGGGCAUCGGAUGCGUGGACUCCAUGUGCUGUUUCUCAGAGGGGCAAAACGCCUGCUCACGGCUGGGCCGGCUGGUGGAGCGAAUGAUGGGCCGCUGCGACCCCGCUCAGGCCACCAGAUCUUGGAGCGACUCGGACACCUUCUUCUCCAAUGACCAGAGCAUCCUGACACUCUCACCCAUGGAGGUCUCUCAUUGUUAAUGCACCAGCCCAAAAAGGAUCGGCUCAUAGAGUCUGGAGAUGCCUGCCCCCGUCCCAUGCCCUUGUCCAGUCACCAGCCAGACUAUUACACUUUAAAUCUCUGAGUAUCACAUCAUAUGUGAUCAGCAACCAGGGACAGGCCGUUGCUCCUACAAAAACCAAAGGAUUUGUGUGUCUUGAGUUUCCGCUGCUAGUAAACCCACGGAACUGUCCGCAAAGGACCGCCGUCUUUCCUGAGGAAAACGAGGGGGUCUGUUUGAAGCCAUAAUUCCCUCUUUUAAUUGCCUGAUUUUCAAGGUAUUAAAUGUGAGCGCUGUGUAGCGCUAGCUCACAAACCUGUAGCUUCCUACCCUAAGAUGCCUACCUGUACACCCAGCCUGAGUUGUGGUUCGUACAGACUAUCAUGAUGCAGGAAUGUCACAAUGGAGUCCUUGAAGGAAAACUAUCAUAUCAUCCUUGAACUCGAUCACUUUAACCUCCAUCAGUCAUGUGCCUGCAUAUAAUUUCUCGUUUCCUUUGUCUCGCACAUGCUAUGUUAUCAUCUCUAACCAUUGUCACUGGUUAACCUAUCAUUGUUCUCACGUUCCUCGUUUUUUUGCUUGUGUUGCUAACCACUCAUCAAAGCGGUAUGAUUAUUUUUUAUUCAUUUGUGUGUGUGUAUGCGUGUGUGUAUUUAAUAACGUAGUAGGGCAUAGCCGAAGGAAAAGGUAUGAAGUUCAUCCUACAGUACAUGGGUCGUGGGUUAUUGUAAGGCCAGAGCAUUGAGACAACCAUUUUAAACUUGCUUAGAUCAACUAUAUCGAAGUUUAUGAUAUCAGACUGCAUGCUGCACUUUGGUCAAUCUGUCUCAAUAACCCUGUAACAGAGGCCUAAGUCAACUGGACCUGUAUGCUCCCGAUUUGAGGAGUCUUGAAUUUGUCUUUAUUUUUUGCUGCAAAGGCCAUGAAGCCCUGGAUCUCACAGGUAUCGGCUGAAACUUGGUGCCGUGACCCGGGUGGCAGUUGGGAGUCAGAUUUUGCUUAUUUUAGUGGUUCUUCUCUCUUAGUCUUUAUUUGUAUAUCACUUUUUUCAUGUCAAUGUUCAAACCCGAAAUGACUCCUGACCGCUGAUCAUUACUAUUUCAGAUCUUGUGUUGAAAUCCAUUGGCAGAAGUGUUUUGCUAUAUAAUGUAUUUUCUUGGAUUAUAUAGCAAUGCAGUAUGCCACUUGUUACUCAGAGACAUUAGCAAUAAGACUCAGUCUAGACUGGAAAUUCCUGAUCUAGCUUUGAUGUCAGUCAUCCAUGUUUGCGGUUUCAUCUUUUUUUGUGUAAACAUAUGUUCUUCUAACUGUACUCUCCUUAAAGUGAACAUGUUUAAUUGCCGAUGUUUAUGAAAGUUCUAUUUACGGAAUAAAUACCUUUAUAAAAA